GUUCUUGUUAUAUUUUGAGUGUGGGAAGAACAAUAAACAUGGGUGGCAGAGUGUUGUGCAAAAUGUUGGUUGCAGCAUUGUUUAUGUUAUUCAGUGCCCAAAAUGCAUUAGUAAGUUGUGCUUUGAGUUCUGAAUUGCAAGAACAAAUCAAUGCAAUCAACGAACAAGGGCCAUACAUAGGUUUGGUCAUGCCAAAUUCCUUUGAACUCGAUCCUCUUCUUAGCAAUUCAGACUACAUUGCUAGUGGUUAUGUCCUAGACGUUUCAGGAAGGAGAUUUCGCUUUGGAGCCAUUGGUGACAAGCCUGUUAUAUUGGUCAUGACAGGAUUAAGCAUGAUAAAUGCAGGAAUAACUACUCAGCUUCUUUUGAGCCUUUUCAACAUAGAAGGAGUGGUGCAUUAUGGCAUAGCUGGAAAUGCAAAUGAACAACUUCAUAUUGGAGAUGUUGCUAUUUCUCAUUAUUGGGGUCAUCUCGGCCUUUGGAGUUGGCAGAGGUAUGGGCUAGGGCCGGAGAAUGAACUACCCUUAGAACCAAACGGAGACUACACAAGAAAAUAUGGAAACUUAAAAUUUGCAGAUUACACAUCAAAUGUUACUGCGGAUAGUUCAUAUGACAACCUUCUCAACAAUAUUUUUUACCAACCAGAAGAGAUUUUCCCCAUUGAUGGCACUCCUGAACAAAGGCAACAUGCUUUUUGGGUUCAGGUUGAUACCACUUACUACAACACUGCUAGCAGACUCAAGAACAUGAAGCUUGAGAAGUGUCUAAACUCAACAAAAUGCUUAUCACAUACACCAAAAUUGAAAUUUGUGUCAAAAGGAGCGAGUGCAAGCAUCUACCUAGACAAUGCAGCAUAUAGAGGCUUCAUUCGUGAACAAUUUGAGGUGACACAAGUGGACAUGGAAAGUGCAUCCGUCGCACUUAUAUGCCGUCAACAAAAUGUUCCCUUUAUUGUCAUUAGGGCUCUCUCCAACUUGCCCGGCGCCACCUCAGAAGAUUCCAACGAGGCUGACACCUUUGCGCCGCUCGCCGCCACCAAUUCGGUCAAAGUGGUUGUUGAGUUUGUCAAGCUCUUGCCAUCAUCAUUAUCAAGCUCUAAGAUUAAGAGGUUGUUGAGGUUGUUGAGUGUUGUCUAAUUUCAUGAACCGUUAUGUAUGUGAGUGAUGCAAAUGUAGACCUCUUAUCUUUAAUUUCGUCAAUAAGAAUAAGCAACAGAACUUUUGGAGUA